CCUGCUGUCCUUUUUGCGGCUCUUCUGCCUCCUGGUCCUACUACAUGAUGUGAUGUGAUUAUGUGAUUAUAUUAUUAUUAUUUUUUUUCCCCUUUUUCCCCUUUUUCCCCUUUUUCUCUUUUUUUCCCUUUCCCCUUUCUACGAUACUUUUCUUCCCGCCACGUCUUCCGCUACACUACUUUAUAAACCUGUUAUGUCUGUCCAUGUUCCGUUCCGCCUUCCGAGCGCCAGCGCCGGACGCACCAACGACCCUGGUGGCUCGACCGGUCUGCCUGCGUCCCUCCCGCCUGCGUCCCGCCUGUGUCCCGCCUGUGUCCCCGGCUGUUGCCCGAGCGACCCGCCUGCUCCUCCCUUAUCGGCGUCUCUGACGUCGUCUGCGCCGCCCUCUGUCUCUGUCUGGCGGCCUAACACCGCAGCCCCCGUCGGGUGCAACCCCCUCAUCCGUGCCGUCCUGCAGACGGCCCAUUCGGCCACCCGGCCGUCUCCGGCCUGUGCGGCGUCCCGCCAAGCGGUGUGCGGAGAUGUCCGAAAUUACCACACGGGGCCGGGCAACGACGUUUCCCUUGUUGAGGCCGCCGUCGGGUGCCCUGCGGCCUGUGGCCUGAUCUGGGGGGCCGAUAAGCUUCUCUCUUGACAGGUAACGUGGCCGGGAACAGCAGGGCCAUGCAGCCGGGUCCGCGUAUCAGGCCAGAUGCGCCAGACACCCCGUGGACCGGCACCUGCGACGUGGUUGGCGAGCUUAUCAGACGUCGCACCGGUUGGGCGCCCGGAGAAUGCCUUGCUGCGGGCAGACGAGGGCA